GGGGGGGGCAGCAGGCGGCACGGGGAGGGCGGGUUGGGACGGGGCUGCCUUGGAAUGGCGUAGGGCGGGUGUUGGAGGCAGCUUGGAGGUGACCUGGAAAGGGCGGAGGGCCCCCGGAGUGAUUUUGUGUCCUCAGGAACCGUUGUGCUGCGGGGAUGGCGAGGGAACGGCGGGUACUGACCCAUUUUGGGCUGGAGGGGUGGUGUUUUUUAUCCCGGUAUUUCCACAUUUAUCUCUUCAAUGUGGUCUGCCGCGGGAGGGGGAGGAGCGGGAGCUCCGCUUCCCUCCCCCACUCCCCCCCCCCCCCCCCCCCCCCCGAUUCCAUUACUUUUGAGACGGCGGAGGGCUCGAGGAGGCGCAGCGCCCAUCUUACCUCGCUGGGGGGCGGCCUGGGGCGGUGCCGGGGCAUAGCGGGUGCUGCAGUGACCGGGGGUGGAGAACGGCCACGUGUGGGAUGCGGAGGGGAUGGCUCCGGGUUGGGGGGGGGAUCGGUGUCGCAAGGGGCUGGGGCUGCGCUGGCACACGCGGCCCGCCCGCCGGGGACUCCAUUUCCCGGCAGCCCCCGGACGCGCCCCUCCCCCGCGCUCACGUUGCGCGGGCGGCGCGGGGCACGCUGGGACUUGGAGUCCCUGGCCACGUGGUGCGGGGGACACCAAGCGGCGGAGGCGGGGAGUGCAGCCGGGGGGCGCUGCGGGGCCACGUGGGAGAACGGGGCUGGGAUUGCGGUGGGAUUCCAGGCUCAUCCGGGGCUGGGAUUGCGGUGGGAUUCCAGGCUCAUCCUGGGCUGGGAUUGCGGUGGGAUUCCAGGCUCAUCCGGGGCUGGGAUUGCGGUGGGAUUCCAGGCUCAUCCUGGGCUGGGAUUGCAGUGGGAUUCCAGGCUCAUCCGGGGCUGGGAUUGCGGUGGGAUUCCAGGCUCAUCCGGGGCUGGGAUUGCAGUGGGAUUCCAGGCUCAUCCUGGGCUGGGAUUGCAGUGGGAUUCCAGGCUCAUCCGGGGCUGGGAUUGCAGUGGGAUUCCAGGCUCAUCCGGGGCUGGGAUUCCAGGUUCAUCCUGGGAUUCAUCCACAGCGGUUUGGGCGGGAAGGGAUCCAGUUGCAACCCUUUACAGCGGGACACAUUUCACUAGAGCAGGCUGAUCCCAGCCCCACCAGCCUGCCCGUGAACAUUUAAAUAAAGAAAUUACCACAAUUUUUCCGGUCAAGCUGUAUCUUCUUCACUUUUAACUAAAUUAUUCGUGUUUUUCUUUUUUUUUUUU